UUACGCACGGCCGUGUCGAGCUAGAGUAGUUUAAUUUCUCUUCCAAGAAGCAGGUAUCCUUGUGGGAGAAUCAUAACGAAAUAAAAAUAAUUAUACUCUAGAUAUAUAUUAAAAUUAUUACUUGUCUGUUAUAGUCAUGAAACUUUACUUAGCUUUAUGCCUAGUAAUAUUUACUAUAGCUUUAGACCAGAGCGAAGGACUAAAAGAAGGAGAAUGUGAAGUGUGCGUAAAGUUUUUGACCAAAUUUGAAAAGACGUUAGAUGAAAGUGAUAGAAAAGAUCAAAAUGUUUUGACAGAGAAAUUGAAGAAAGCCUGUCGCAAAGCAAAGAACAAAGAAAAUAGAUUUUGUUAUUAUGUUGGAGGUACUGAUGACUCAGCAACGUACGUUUUAAAAGAUAUCACAAAACCACUCGCCUACUUUAAAGGUGUUCCUAAAAUCUGCGAAGAUUUAAAACGAAAAGACAAGCAAAUAUGUGACUUACAAUACGACAAAGAACUUGACUGGAAAAAUAUCAACCUAAAGAAGAUGCGAGUAAAAGAAUUAAAAAAGAUCUUGAACGACUGGGACGAGAAAUGUAGCGGCUGUGUGGAAAAAUCUGAUUAUGUGAAAAAAAUCGAAGAAGUUAAAAACCAGCACGUAGAAUUAUAAGUAGAGAAUAGUAAAGAUUUUUUAUAGCAAAUUCUUUACCACAUGGAAUAGACUUCGUUGCAUUGAGUUAUACUACAAAUUCUUUUUUGGUGAAAUGGUUUUAUGUUAAAAGGCCUUAUUGUUUUUAAGUAAGCUAGCUCGUUGUAUCACAAGUUUCGUUCAAAUUUAUAAUAUGGAAAUUUAAGCUGUUUUGUAAUAUUUAUUUGUUUUGAAGAUAUACAUUACAACACCAUUUUGUGCAACGUUGUAAAAAAGUUUUUUUUAUUUAACAAAAAGUUUGAUUGGAUGACACAGAGUAGCGCAAUGUGAAACUGGAAA